ACGUAACGUAUUCGUCCUUCGAUUGACACUUUAAGAUACGUAUUUCUGUUCAUGCUCUCAUAACCGUUUAAAAGCUUGGGCAAGGCUAUGAUGAGUGCCUUCGUUUUCCUAUUGUUAUGUUUCGCAUCUUGCCAUGCGGGAAAACCUGAAAUUGAGGAAAUGAACAAGAAAUGCAAUGGGAUGCAACAUUACGAGAUACAGAAAGGUGAUCGAAUGUGGAAAAUGUGCAAUUCUGUUAAAGAUGAUUAUCAAGCGAGAUACGGUCGCCUUGGUCAAUGGAAUUGUAAAUUAUAUGUCAAAAGUGGUGAUGCUUACACUAUAAAGGUCAAAAUUAUAACUAUGAAGAAACGAAGAAUGUUCAUCCACAUUUUGAUUGACCACGAAGGCAAUUUGAUUGGAGAACAAAAAGGACCAUUUAGGAGAGACACGUGUAUCAGUUUGAGUGAAUAUUGGGAGAACUACGGAAAUCCCGUUGGCGGCACUCGCUACUCGCCUUUACUCGACAUUAAUGUUAACAACGUCAAAAAACUGAAGUUAGCUUGGACUUACCGAUAUGGAACAGGCCACGAGAGAUAUGAAGCUGAAAAGUUUAAUUUAGACGACCAAUCAACUCCAAUUAUGGUGGAAGACGGCUCGAAACAUAGAAACGAUGUAUUGAUAUCCUGUACUCCUUUGCGGGAAAUGUAUGCUCUAGACCCAUCAACUGGUGUCGAGAUUUGGAGAAACAGCGAUGGGAUAACUCCAUAUAUUAAAGAUUCAGGGAGAUUGACUUGUCGGGGAGUCGCAACAUGGUUAGACCCACUGAAGAAGCGUGGUUCAUUGUGCAAACGUAGCAUAUAUUUGCCUACGGUAGACCAUAGGCUGAUAGCAGUUGAUGCAGCAACUGGAAAACGCUGCACUAACUUUGGUGUUGAGGGCUUUGUCGAUUUAAAAGUUGCUAGUCCUGAUGUACAUUGUCUGACGUAUAUGUACGCACCUGCAGUUGUGAUGGAAACACUAAUUCUUGGGCAAAGAAUAUCGGAUGAUUGUGGAUCCGAUGCUCCUAAAGGGCUUGCCCCAGCCUUUCAUGCAAGGACCGGGAAGUUUAUGUGGAAGUUUAUGAUUAUUCCAACUGAUCCAGACGACCCUGCUAUGAAAACGUACCGUAAUGGCACCAAAUACGUGGGAUCAGGCAAUGCGUGGGCUCCUUUAAGUGGCGACAACGAGCUCGGUUUGGUUUACAUGGCAACGAGUUCAGCUAAUCUUGACCACAUGGGAACUCAUAGAAUUGGUGACAAUCACUACUGCGACUCAGUUGUUGCUUUGAAUGCCACCGAUGGGAAACUAGUCUGGUUCAGGCAACUUGUACACCAUGAUGUGUUUGACUAUGAUUUAAAUAAUCAGCCUGUCAUUGGCGAAAUCACACGUCGCGGCAAAAGACAGAAGGUGGUUUUGCAGGGCACUAAAAUGGGAUUCCUGUUCGUAUUAAAUGCUGAAACUGGUGAUCCAGUAUUUGGUAUUAAAGAACAUCCAGUGCCAUCUAUUUCAGAACUACCAGGGGAGAUCAUAAGUCCAACACAGCCCUUCCCUGUUGAUGACUUCUUAAGAUUAGCAAAGGAGACAGUGGACAUGCGACCUGGGAAGGACUUAUGGGGAAGAACGCCUGCUGAUGAAGAAGCUUGUAUUGAAUACAUGAACAAUUCUGGAAUCGAUCCAAUUGGGGAGAUAUUUAUGCCAGCGCGUUUUAGUAAAGCCUCGCUAUGGGUCCCAGGGGUCCUUGGUGGUAUGAUUUUUGGUGGAGGUGUGGCGUUGGACCCCACAAGAAGUAUUGCCGUGGCAGCAACACAAAAUGAUUAUUGGAUUCACCAGUUGUUUCACAAAAACAACACGUCACCGCUGUCACCAUGGUGUAAAAUUUUCAUGUACAAUGACAGCAUCACCAUCCCAUAUGCCGAUUGCUAUGGUUUCUCGAAUACCUUACAAAAAUGUAAUAAACCCCCAUGGGCCAUGUUGCAUGCCAUUGACUUAAAUAAUGGCCGUAAGCUUUGGACCGUUCCCAAUGGUUUGGAAUUUGACCCCAAUGAUCCAUCAAACGAAGAGAGACGAAGUUGGUCUUCUGGAGGCAUACUUCUAACUGGAGGGGGAUUAGUAAUAGCUGGUAAUACAGAUGAUCGCUACCUUCGGGCAUUUAACAUCGACACAGGAGAAUUACUUUAUCAAUCACAAGAACCAAUGAUUGCUAUGGCUGUUGGGAACCCUAUAACGUACAGGACCAGUGGAAAACAAUAUAUUGUCAUUACCGCAAGCGGCUACAAAUUGCAAGGAUUAUAUCCAGAAGAGGCGAGAAGUGAUCAUGUUUACGCAUUUGCAUUAUUAGCAUGAUAUGUAUAUGAUAAUUAAAUGUACGUAAAAUUAGACUGCAAACAAUAUACAUUAAGUAUGAAAACAUAAUGGAUGUUCCAUUUUCUCGAAUUUAUU